AAAUCACAUUGCACAGCCCUGCCUCUUCUGACUUUACCAAGAAUGGCUCCAGAACAGAGCGAAGAGGCUUCUCUAUUUCAUAGCGAACGCAUAUCGCAAUACGUUUGCAUCCCAGCGUCAUGCCUUUCAGAUCCUUUCUCAGCUGUAUGCGCGACCGUACUAUCACCGCUACUACUCACAUACUUCCCACCUGCGAAAGGAGUUAUACUCGCCUACGACGAUGUUGAGUUGAGCAGUACACCUCCAAGUGUGCCAGAAACAGCAUCUAAAUCACGUUCAAAGCGUGCGCGAAACGAGUCUCGCUCCGACAAGGCAGAGCCCGCAGAACCGCUACUUCUAAGACAUGUCGAUGAAUAUGCUGCGCCUUUCGUCUGGGCCACGGCCUCUUUCCUUGUAUGGCGCCCAGUCCAGAAUGCUUACGUACACGCUCAUGUUACGGACCAAGCGAAAACACACAUUACGCUCGCAUAUCUCAACACGUUUCCCGUCAGCAUAUUGGCAUCAUGCAUGCCCUCAGACUGGUCAUGGCAUUCGCAGGAGACGGGCAAAAUGAAGAGGGCAUGGGAUGGCCGGUUAUCAGAUGAGGGCGGCUGGUGGGUCAACGAUUUUGGUGAUAAGGUGGAGGGUGAUUUGCGGGUACGGAUACGCGAUGUCGACGGCAGAAUGGACGGAAAGGGAAAAGGCAAGGGUUUCUUGCGUAUUGAUGGCUCUCUGAUUUCCGAGGAAGAGAUAAAGGCCAACGCGGCGCAAAAGAGGGCCAGGAAAACGAUUGCACUGAGGACACAAACUGCAGGACAGACAAACGGAGAUGUCAUGGAAAUUGAUUCGGGUUCGGGCAGCGAUGAUUAGGGUAGUUCUGAGGGCUUGAGCGGGUGUAGCAUGUGCAGGGCACCUUGUCAUAUUUGCAUCAGGACGGCGUAAUGGCGUUGAAAACCAGGGGGGUGCAUACACAGCAUCUACGAUACCAUCAAAUUCAAACAUUGCACUCAAA